AUGCUCGCAGAUGCGUUUAUCAAAGCUCAUGCCGGAGCCAAAACGGUGCAAGCCAGAAAGGCGGAUAUCUUUAGAAUCGCUCAAAGAGAUGAUGAACUACUACGUGAAUUUGUAAAUCGCUUCCAAAGGGAACGAAUGGAACUGCCACCGGUUCUGGAGGAAUGGGCAGCGCAAGCUUUCACUAAGGGACUUAAUCCCCGAAGAUCGACUACCUCAUUUAAAUUGAAGGAUAACUUAUUGGAGUACGAGGCUGUAACCUGGGCAGAUGUCCAUAACAGGUACAAAUUUAAGAUUUGGGUAGAGGAUGAUCAGGUCGAACUUCUCCCGGGACAUAUAAAUAUGAGCAAAAACUCUGAGAGAUCGAGAAAAAAUUAUGAACCGGAGACAAGAGCAUCGAGGGAAAAGUACCGACCAUAUUCUCAAUCAGAAAAGCCUAGCUUCAGGUCGAAUAAAUCGAGGAGCGGCCCCAAUCACUUCUCUAGUAAGGGCGAUAAACUAGCUGAGCGCCAGUCAAACAGUCGAGGCCUGUCAUUUAGAAGUGACGCCAGCAGUUCGACUAGAAAUAAAGACAUACCGAGGAUACCGGAGUACAACUUCAACAUCAAUAUCUCGGACCUUGUCUCGGCUAUCGGCCGUAUCACGGAGGCUAGGUGGCCAAGGCCAUUAAGAUUCGAUCCGGUUCAACGGGACCCGAACGUGAAGUGUGAGUAUCAUGAGACCCAUGGGCACAGAAUUGAAGAUUGUCAUCAAUUAAGGGAGAAGGUGGCUCGUUUAUUGAAAAAUGGCCACCUUCGACAAUUUCUGAGUGAACGAGCCAAAAGCCAUUACAAAGAAAGGGAAAGUCACAAACGAGCUGAGCCGGUGGAACCUCAACAUGUGAUCAAUAUGAUAAUAGAGGGAACGAAUGCUCCACGAGGAUCGGUGACGAAAAGAACGAAGGUUAAACAUAUUUUGAUUGAUCAAGGUAGUUUAGCCGACAUUAUCCGAUUGAGAGUGGUGGAGCAAUUGAAGUUACUAGACCAGAUUAUCCCGGUAGCUCGGGUACUCAGCGGGUUCACUAUGGCAAGUGAGACUACGAAGGGUGAAAUUUCUUUAUCGGUCAACAUUGACGGAACCAUACAGCAGACAGUGUUCUACGUCAUCGAGGGAGAUAUGAAGUAUAAUGCUUUGCUCGGCAGACCAUGUAUUCAUAGCAUGAGAGCAGUACCAUCGACACUACAUCAGUUGCUGAAGUUCCCAACCCCGGAAGGGAUAAAAACUAUCCGAGCCGAACAACCCGCAGCAAGGGAAAUGUUCGCGGUCGAGAAAGCACACCUCUUUCCAAAGAAACCGGAUCAAAGAAAUGAUGAAUCAAUCAAAGUCAAGGACACCGAAUAG